AUGACAGAAGUCAAUCAAUCGUCAGUGUCUGAGUUCAUCCUCUUGGGGCUUACAGACACUCCGGAGCUUGAAGUUAUUCUCUUUGGUGUGUUCCUGGUGAUCUAUUUAGCAAGUGUCGUUGGAAAUCUCGGUUUGAUUGUGCUAAUCCAAAUCAGUGCUCAGCUUCACACACCUAUGUACUUUUUCCUCGGUCAUUUGGCUUUUGUUGAUUUUUGUUAUACCUCUUCAGUCACACCAAACACACUGGUGAAUUUUUUGCGUGAAGUUAAAAGCAUAAAGUUCUAUGCCUGUGCCGUGCAGGUCUGCUGCUUCAUCACAUUUGUGGUGUGUGAAAUGUACUUGCUCUCAGUGAUGGCAUACGAUCGGUAUGUGGCCAUCUGCAACCCUUUGCUUUAUGUCAUUCUCAUGCCUCGGAGACUCUGUGUUGGAAUGAUUGCUAGCACUUACAUUUACGGAGUCACUGUGGGUCUUGCACAGACAGUGGUAACAUUUAACUUGUCCUUUUGUGGCUCCAACUUGAUCAACCACUUCUACUGUGAUGAUGUUCCCUUAAUUGCUCUGGCCUGUUCUGAUACUCACAUCAAGGACUUGAUGCUGUUGAUCAUUGCUGGGUUUAAUACCCUUUGCUCUCUAGCGAUUGUGGUAAUUUCUUAUGUAUUCAUCCUUUUUGCUAUCCUGAGGAUCCGCUCUACAGAAGGAAGGCAGAAAGCAUUUUCAACAUGUGCCUCCCACCUGGCCUCCAUUAUGAUAUUUUAUGGAACAAUACUUUUUAUGUAUCUACAGCCCAAGUCAAGCCAUUCUCUGGACACGGAUAAAUUUGCCUCUGUGUUUUAUGUAGUCGUGAUUCCCAUGUUAAACCCACUGAUUUAUAGCCUGAGAAAUCAGGAGGUUAAGCAGGCACUAAAGAGAAUCACAGAAAAAUUGUGCUUGGCGAUCAAAUAG